GCCGCGGUGGGGGCGGCGGUGGAGGUGACGAGGGGCGGCCGGCGGGAGCAAGCAUGGCAGCCGUGGCGAUGUUGGGCUGGCGGCGCCCGGCCGCGGAGCUGCUGCGGGCUUUGAAGUAUACGAGCCGGAGCUAUGCAUCACAGCGUACUUUAAAUGAGGUGGUGAUAGCAAGUGCUGUAAGGACACCAAUUGGCUCUUUCCAAGGAUCUCUUUCAUCAUUGCCAGCCACUAAACUCGGUUCCAUUGCAAUUAAGGGAGCAAUUGAAAGAGCGGGUAUCCCUGCAGAAGAAGUAAAAGAAGCAUAUAUGGGUAAUGUCUUGCAGGCUGGACAAGGACAAGCUCCAACAAGACAAGCAGUCUUGGGUGCAGGUCUACCAAUUGGCACUCCUUCUACAACUGUCAAUAAAGUCUGCGCAUCAGGAAUGAAAUCAAUCAUGAUGGCAGCGCAAAGCUUGAUGUGUGGGAGUCAGGACGUGAUGGUUGCUGGUGGAAUGGAGAGCAUGUCCAAUGUUCCCUAUACGAUGAGUCGAGGAUCAACGCCUUAUGGAGGAGUAAAGCUGGAAGACCUGAUAGUAAAAGAUGGGCUGACAGAUGCUUAUAACCAUAUCCAUAUGGGCAACUGUGCGGAGAACACUGCAAAGAAGUUUACAAUAUCACGAGAGGAACAAGACACUUACGCCAUAGGCUCUUACACUAGGAGCAAAACAGCCUGGGAGUCAGGAAUACUGAAAAAUGAAAUUGUUCCUGUCACUAUUUCACAAAAAGGAAAGCCAGACAUGGAAGUGAAAGAAGAUGAAGAAUACAAGCGUGUUGAUUUCAGUAAAGUUCCAAAGCUGAAAACCGUUUUCCAAAAAGAAAAUGGAACAGUUACAGCUGCUAAUGCCAGCACUUUGAAUGAUGGAGCAGCUGCUUUGGUGCUGAUGACUACAGAGGCAGCCAAGAGACUGAAAGCCAAGCCAUUGGCACGGAUAGUAGCCUUUGCAGAUGCUGCUGUUGAUCCCAUUGACUUCCCAAUUGCACCUGCAUAUGCUGUUCCCAAGAUUCUCAGUGAGACAGGGCUGAAGAAAGAAGAUAUUGCAAUGUGGGAAAUCAACGAAGCUUUCAGCGUUGUGGUGCUGGCCAACAUUAAAAUGCUGGGUAUUGAUGCACAGAAAGUAAAUAUUCAUGGAGGUGCUGUCUCCCUUGGACAUCCAAUAGGAAUGUCUGGAGCAAGAAUUGUUGUUCACAUGGCCCAUGCACUGAAACAAGGACAAUACGGACUUGCAGGAAUUUGCAAUGGAGGAGGAGGUGCUUCUGCAAUACUGAUAGAGAAGCUGUAGGCCUAAAGAGCAUUGGAAACAAAGCCUUGAACACUGAUCAGAACAAUGAGUGGUACAUGUUACACCUUACUGAUAAGUAAGUGGAGCAAUGCCAUUGAUUACUAUCAUGGAUUACUGACACAGACAGCUGGGCUUCUAUUACUUUUCACUCCGUGCAAGUUUUUUUACAGUGCAAGUAGCAAGUGUAAAAGUUAUGGUAAUAUCCUGACACCUGACAAUAAAGAAUGUUUGUUAACUGUG